CUCCUAUUUUUCUCUCGUUCUUUCUCAUAGAUUAAAACGAAGUUGUUGUCGAACUGAGUACUAGUUUUACAAAUAUUUACAUCUCGCUCUCACGCAUAGCAAAAACUGCUUUUGUUGAUUUGAAUACCAGGCUUAAACCAGUUAAUUCAUUCGGAGCUACCUGUUGAUUUUCGUGGGCUGUUAUUAACAUUUAAAGUAUAAAGUUAAUCUGAAGUGUAAAACGUGUUUAACAAUACGGUUUAAUUCGUAUGUUUAAAUAAAGUUGAACUUAUUUUAAUUUAUUUUGAAAGACUCGGAAACUAAGAGUACUUGAUAAAUGAGCUGAUCAGCCGAGAUCAUGGAGAGUGUUUGGCUAUUUAUUUAAGAUACGGGAACCGUCAGUGAUACUUUGGCUUUUAAAGUUUUUUCGUAUGUGAAAAAAAAUGUUUAAAUGUACUUUAAUAGCACCCCAAAAACGGUCGUUAUACAGUUAGUCCUCUUCAAAGAAAUCGUAACUCUAACGGUUGACUAUAAAUUAACAACACACUAAACUAAACAUAGAAUUUUUGACAGUCACUACAAGAUUUCGUAGGAGACAAGAAACACGCAGGCUCAAAUACCGAAUCGGAUUUAUCUUCUCUAAAUGGAAGGAUUAGUUAAAUCUUGUGAUCAGGCAAUGGAGGAAAAUAAUUACAAUGAACCGACUCAAGAAUUACCUUUUUGUUUUAUUCGGGGAUCAGAUCCAAGAGCUGCAACAUGUCGGGGUAAGCUCCAAAGCAAGCGGUGUAAGCUUAACCAAGAAAUAAAUAAGGAAUUGCGCUUAAGAGCUGGUGCGGAGAACCUUUACAAGGCAACAACAAAUCGGAAGUUACGUGACACAGUUGCCUUAGAACUAAGUUUUGUUAAUUCAAACUUGCAGUUGCUUAAAGAGCAAUUAGCUGAGUUAAACUCAUCCAUGGAAAUAUAUCAAAGUGAAAGUCAUAACGGAGUAAUGCCUAUGAUACCUUUGGGCCUGAAGGAAACCAAGGAAAUUGAUUUCAUGGAAGCAUUUUCAGAUUUCAUUUUGGAACAUUACAGCGAAGAGCCGUCAACCUAUGUGGACGCUAUUGCAGAUAUUACAGAUACUAGACAGGCCUGUAAAACCCCUUCGAGGGAUGCCCUUGGUACUGCAUUACUUUUUCGUUACUACAACCUGCUGUAUUACGUAGAACGGCGCUUUAUUCCACCUGAUCGAAAUAUAGGAAUUUUCUUUGAAUGGUAUGAUUCCCUCACAGGAGUGCCUUCCUGCCAGCGCACCAUAUCCUUUGAAAAGGCAUGCACUCUAUUUAAUUUAGGCGCAAUAUACACUCAGAUCGGAACGCGUCAUGACCGAACCACUGCUGAUGGUUUGAACGCAUCUGUGGACAGUUUUUUAAGGGCAGCGGGUAUUUUUCGUCACAUUUAUGAUACAUUUACAAAUGCGCCUUCGAUGGAUCUUAAACCACAAGUUCUUGAUGUAUUGGUUUCGCUUAUGCUUUCGCAAGCUCGAGAGUGUCUUUUUGCAAAAUUUCAGCUACAGACCGAAAUAUUAUGUGAACCUGAAAGUAUGGACAUGUUCAGAGAUCUAGCCGGAGAGGCUGCACAACUCUCAAGUGAAUACCUUCAGAUGCAUAAAAAUAUUCAAGCGAAUAAUACACAUACGUGUUUGCCCGAGUGUUGGGCGGGACUGGUACCCCUUAAGGCCGAGCUCUAUAAAGCAUUCGCGCAUUAUUAUAAAGCUUGCAGUAUUGAUGCGUCGCAUGGCUUAAACGUAUCGUUGCCCUCUCGAACAAGCUAUAAAACGCCAUUGAGAGAAUCGAUAAAAAAGAAUUUUUUUGAGACAAAGAACGAUUUGACUACAGUCAAGGAAAUGGAAGAGACCGCCGUUUCUUGUAUUGCUCUUAAAAAUAUGCAUUUUAAAGAAGCUUGGGCAAAUUUCGAGGAAGCGCAACGAUUUCAGCGAAUGUGUCGGUAUCUAAAGAAUAAAAAAUCGCUUACUCAAGUAAUUCAAAAUGCCUAUUAUAAGAUGAGGGAAGACUACGAAAAACUUAAAUUGCUUGAUGCACCUAAUGACUUGGAUGAGUGCUACGAUGUUUCGGAACAAGCUAUAGAAGCAUCCUCAAAGUUUACAUUAUCAUUAACGGGACCGGAUUUCACUUCGUAUAAAGUGGAGGACCCUUUUAAGCAACUGGGGCCGAUUGCCAUUUUUUCUGCACGGCGACAUUGGACGGCACCACGAUAUAUACGUCUACAAAAGGGUUCCUCUACAUACCAUAACGAUAAUACUCUUAAUUUCUUAUUACCUUUGGAAUGCGAGGAAGUAGAUACCGGUGGCUCAAAAAAAAUUUUGGAAAAUUUUGGUUUCAAUGUCCGUGGAGACUCACCUGUCAUUAUUUCAUAUGUUAAAAUAAAUUCUCUUGCUGAUCUUGGCGGUAUAAAAGAAGGAGACUUUCUGGUUGAUAUUGCCGGAAUAGAUGUCAAAUGGUACUCAAAUCAGCAGGUUUUGUUGCUCAUACAGUCGUGUGGUUCUACGCUUGAUCUAAAAGUAAUAACACCAAUGGAUCGAAAUUAUUUAAAGCCGUUGUCAACGAGCGACGCAAUACCAACAAUAACUGCAGAACUUAUAUUGGACACUUCCACUUCCAUUGCAAGAGGUACCAAUCACAAACUCGAUCCUAAGACUUCGAUGACUUCUAAAUUUGUUGGCGUGGCUUCGUCCAGUCCUUGGAAUCCAUUUAGACGAAGUGUAAGCUUAGCGAAAAAGUUUUAAGUUUCCUGGAUUUUCUAAAUAGUAAUAAUUUCUACUAAUUUAAGUAACAUCAAUAAGCAAUUAGCAAUAAUAAGUAAUUUGGCACAAUUAAUUAAUUAAUAUUUUACCUUUAUUGGAAAUAUCAUUAAAUAUUGUAUGAUUGCCUACGUGCAACUGUAUAUUGUA